GUAGCUGUCAAAUAUCAAACAAGCCUUCCAGGCAUACAUUUCUGAGUCAAGCUUUGCGACUAGUUCGAUACACACCCAUCGUAUCGGUCUGGCGCUCCUUGUAAUAUAUUUGUAAGCUCACCUGCCGCUCGCAGAAAUGCAGCGGCAGGUGGGGCCAACACAGCGAGCGCGAGUAUAGAAGGCAGAGGAGGCUACCGCAGUGGAGCCCGUUUUCAGGCCUGGAGACUAAGACGAUGGCAACAGUAUGCAAUGUGCAGUUCAGAGUCGUGUCUGGUCACGACCUGCCAAAGACAGGUGCGCAAGGCUCAGGAGGAGCUGGAGGCGGUGCGGCGGCGGCAGGCGGCGGCGGAGCGGGAGGCGGGGCAGCAGCAGCAGCGGGCCGAGGGGCUGGCGGCGCGACUGGCGUCGGUGGAGAGCGAGCUCGGCGCACUGCGGGAAGCCUACAAGGCGCAGACGGAGUCGCACGCUAUGGAGCAACAACACCAGCAGCAACAUCAGCAACAACAACACCAGCAGCAGCAGCACCAACACCAGCAGCACCAACACCAGCAGCAGCACCACCACCAGGGCGAUGGCUGGUCUCGAGGGGGGCAGCAGGGACCCGACGGCCCCGCGCCUCCCGGCGGCCCCCGCGGCGGCGGCGGCGCCGCGCCGCCACCCGGCGGCCCCCCAGGCGGCUUCAUGCCGCCGCCGCCAGGCGUGCCGCCGCCGCACGGCCCACCGCCGCCGCCGCUGUUCAACCCAGCGGACCCAGCGGCCAUGGCGGCGGCCGCUGCCGCCGCCGCCGGUUUCGGAAUGGAUCCCGCCGCGUUGUUCGGCCCCGGCGGCGCCGCCGAGCGGUUUGGUCUGCCGCCAGGGAUGCCGCCGCCGCCGCCGCCGGGCAUGCCGCCGCACCUGCCGCCGGGCUUUAUGCCGCCGCCGCCGCACGGCCCGCCGCCGCCAGGCGCGCACCCCGGGUUUGCGGGCUUCACGCCGCCGCCCAACGUGCCGGCGCCCGAGGAGAUCCAGGCACGAAUCCUGGAGCUGCUGCCUCCCCACCCCGCCAACCCGCAGGCCGACCCAGCCGCAGACGCCGUACAGUGGGAUGAGCGCCUGGACGCGGCGCUGGAUGCCUCGCUGGCGCCGCUUUGCUGGGGGCGCGACCUGGCUCACGUGUACGGCAGCCCACGCGGCUUCAUGGCGGCACACCCCGAGCUGUUCGCGUUCCGACAGGACGGAGCUGUGUACCGGGCACCCCGCGGCGGCAGCGGCGGCGGCGGUGGGCGCGGCGGCGGCGGCGGGCACGUGCCGCCGCCUCCCCCGGGCAUGCCGCUGCCACCGCACUCCCACUCCGGCUUCCCAGGCAUGCCUGCUGGCCUGAUGUUUGGCGGCGGCCACUACUGAGGCCGCCACUGCUAGGGCGCGCGGCCAGUACUGAGCGGCGUUGUUGGUGCCCGAGGCGUCGCGGCGGCCCCUUCCGCAAAAGCCUGGCUGAGGCGGCCACUCCUGCUGGGGUGUGCGGCAAUCACAACCUCUGCUGAGGCGGCUCACGGAUUGGCAGGCCUGGUGGAAGGGGCAAAUGUGCGAGGUGUGCUUGCAAGGCACGCCUACGCCUUUGGGGGACCGUGCGCGCGCACACAGGCCCGCUGUUUGCGAGGUGGUUCCCUUGCCUUUCUUGAACGCGUGGCUUGCACGCGUCCUGGUAUCCGCCGAGCGCUUGGACUGCUUACAUUCCUGGUGGGGUUCCUGGUGGGGUUCCUGCUGGUGGCGUGUCCCUGGCGGCGUGUCCCUGGCGGCGUGCCCCCUGGCGGCGUGCCCCUGGUGGCCUGGUGGCCUUGUUGGUGGCGUGCCGGCGUGCGUCUGCGUGCGGGCGUGUGUCGCAGGCAGGGGCCCCUGGUUGCAGCUCGCUCGUGGUUACAUUGGUGAUUUGAAAAUGCUUGCUUGCUCUGGGAGUCGAGCCUUUUGGGUUCAGUACCGUAGGGCAGAGGCUCCAGGUGGCUGGAAGAAAGGAAUUCAACGCAGAGGCUUGGACUGGGUGUGUGAUGGGACAGGGUUUAGGCAGGUUGGCGAGGUCCCGUAGGGUGCAGCUGACGCCCAUACCCCAAGCAGACGGCAAACAGUUUGCAGCGGCAGGAAUCAAAUGCAGAGGCUUGGACUGGGUGGAGAGUGGAGACUUGAGGCUUGAGGGCAAGCCUCUGCGACGGUCAGACAGCUUGACUCGCGGCAAGCACAGCGUGCGCAUGUGUUGCUUGGGCAUGUGCAAACUCCCGAGUGUGAGAAGAGAAACAAAGGGGGCACUGUUAGUGCGUGAGCACGAGUUUGGGAAGUAAACUGGUGCUGUAUGUGCUAUGCCGCAGGGGUGUGAAACAGGCGGGUGCGUGCAGCAGGGGGAAGGCGUGGGGCUGUGGCGCAGGGAAGACAGAUGGUGCGUGGCAGACACUGCAGCGAGGCGUGAAGUGUGGGAGCCAGCAGGGGCAGCAGGCGGGGCAGGGCAGGAGGGGCAGAGAGGGCGGAAGCAACUACCUGUGCACUACUGUAGGUCUGUUGCACGUAUCGCCAUCGCACAGCCAUUGUUGUUUGAACUACGG